AUGCGACGCUUCGUUGUGCUGCUCCUCUUGGCAAAGGUCCUUGGCGAGCCCGGCUGCGAGAAUGGAGCAUGCCCGGACAAGGAGCCGUCUUCGUUGAUGAUGCUUCGGCAGAAGCCAACUGAGUACAUUCCGCGCGACAUCAAGGGGAAGAGCUUGUACUUCAUUGUCACCGACUACUUCGCGGAUCCGCACACAUACCCACCACCUUCUGAUGCAGACUGCGCCCCUCAGGGGUGGUGCAACGGCACCAUCAAGGGCAUUACCAAUCACCUCGAUUACAUUCAAGGCAUGGGUUUCGAGGGCAUCUGGAUAACUCCGGCCGUGCUUCAAUUCUACGGGCCAGAUCCCGAUAAGCAGAGCGGCUUCGGCAGCUACGGCUAUUGGGCCAAGGACAUCUACAAGAUCGACCCCAGUUUCGGGACUGAGAAGGACCUGAAAGCUUUGGCCGAUGAGCUCCAUCGCAGGGACAUGGUCUUCGUCUAUGAUAUCGUCUUGAAUCAUGUUGGACCAGUACAUGACGAGAAGACGCUGGCAACUUUCCAUCCCUUCAACAAGCCGGAGUACAUCAACCAACUGGGUCGCGGAAACCUGACCUUCGAUGAGUAUGCCCGCGGCAAAGCCUACGGAGGUACGAGCUUUUGGCCGCCUACGCAGGCGAUGGGGCCGGGGGCCAUCUGCGGAUCGAACUUCGAUAGCUGCGAGAACUUCCGGUGUCGAGUCGACCCCGGGUUUGGAAAUCCUUGUCCUAGUGAGGCGGACGAGAUUCUCCUGGACAAACGCCCUGGACCAGCGACGAUCCCAUUCUGCAAUGUGGGGGAUCUGAUCUGCGAAGGCUAUGACGAGCCAACGACCAUUUCAGGCUGGUUCUACGACCUGGGCGAUCUCAACCAGUCAAAUCCUUUCGUGCGCUCCCAGCUCAUCAAGUGGGGGAAGUACAUGAAGAACAAGUACCACAUCGAUGGCUUUCGACUGGACACGGCACCUUACGUGCCAAGGGACUUUCUGAGCGAGUUCCAGGCAGCCGUGGGAAUCCCGAUUCUUGGGGAGGUCACGGCGAGCAAUUGGACCUUCUUCAAGUCCUACGCUCCGGGCCAAGCUUCGCCCGAUAAGCCUGUCUUGAAAGGGCUCCUGAACUUCUACGUCCACUUCCGAGCGACCCCGGCCUUCUGCGGCCUUCCCUUCUGGCCCGGGGCGAACCUUGACUUCAACCUGCUGAGCGCGGCCAUACGGAUGGUUUUUGAGGACAAUCCCGGUGCUGUGCACGACCUGAACCUGCUGGGGAACUUCGUCGACAACCACGACAUGCAGCGCAUAGGGCUGUACUGCAAGGGCGAUGUGUCUCGGAUGAGGAAUGCCGUCGCAUGGACAAUGAUGAUGCAAGGGAUGCCCAUCAUCUUCUACGGGACAGAGCACGGCUUCAACACUACUCAUCCACCUCAAUGGAAUGCCGGCUUCUCUACGACAACACCAGGCUAUUCUUUUCUUCAGGCGCUGAACAACAUUCGCAAGGCCCUGAAGCUUCAUACCGCCACCAUGAAAGUGGAGUCUGUUCGCGCCAACCAGCUCGUCAUCAGCCGCCGUUCUGACGCGGAGGCUUUCAUCUUCUUGAACAACUAUGAGGACGGGCAUGGGCCGGUGGAGUAUGAGGUUGGUGGCAUCCUCCCCGAAACUCCAGAAGGAUGGGUCUGGGCGGAUGCGCUGCACGGCUACUCUGUGCCCGACCUUUCAGCAGGCGUGCUUCGCACAUCCACGGAUCCGGUGGUGCUCACUCUCGUCGAGCGCUUCGCCCUCCUGGAACGAGAUCCCGAGAAAGAGGCCAUUCUGGUGGAACGGCUUUGA